GGCUGGAAAUCGUUCAAGGGAACAAGGAAUAAGCUCGAGGUGCACGCCUAGCGACAAUGUCUGCGUUUGGUCGAUCGAAGCUGGUACGCGGCGCCGGCGACACCAUGUCGCGCGCAGGCGCUCGUGGAUGGGGAUGGUACCAUCGCUCGCUAGAAAAGAUGAACGCUCCCGAGGCGGCACCUGUGGCCUACGACGUUGUGGUGCCCACACCUGCUCAGCCACGACCGCGCGCCUUCCUGGACGUGAGUAUUGGCGGCGCCAAGGCCGAACGCAUUGUGGUGGAGGUGGCGAAGGACAUUGUACCGCAGACAGCCACGAACUUUAUCAAGAUGUGCACGGACGGCUUCAAGUCCAAGGCUCUGGGCUCGGGCUCAUACAAGAACUCCAAGUUCCACAACGUCACUAAGGGCGUGUAUAUCGUGGGCGGCGACGUGCUUAGCGGCGACGGAACGGGAGGCCACGCUGCACUGGAGGAAAAUCAGCGUUACUUUGACGAUGAGAACUACGCGCUGCAGUUCUCAGAAGAAGGCGUGCUAGGCAUGGCCAACGCCGGCCUGAACAAGAACGCCUCGCAGUUCUUUAUCUCACUUAAGCCGCUGCCCCACCUCAACGGCCGCAACGUUGCCUUCGGAAAGGUCGUGGAGGGCAAGAAUGUGUUAAAGAAUAUUGAGAGCGUCUACGCUGUGAAGAACAAGCCGCUGACGGACAUUGAGAUCGUCAGCUGUGGAGUGUUGUAAGCGGACGGAGCAGACUAUGCUUCCUUGCAUACACUAUCGAGAAACGGCAGGCAGGUACGAGAGACUAGAGCGUCGACAUGAAGCAGGGUGGACUAAUAGAUGAAACAUGAUGCAUGGUGGCGUUUGGGCU